AUGGAAUUCGAUUUUAUAAAAUAAUCAUUCAAAUUUUCAACAUUGCAUUUUAAUUAUAAAUUCAAUGAUAAACAAAAAAUAAUAUAAUUUAGAAGUUCAUUGUUGAAAGGAAGGAAUUGUGAAUUAGAAUGUUAAAAAAUUAUUAAUAAGAAUAUGAGUGCUGGUUUUUCAAUCUCAUUAGAUUCUCAUAAACAUUUUCAUAGUCUUAUAGGAUUAUAAAAAUAAUAUAGAAACAUAUAAUUUUACAGUGUUUAUAACAUAAACAAAAAGAGUCUUUCCGUUAGUUUAAUAUAGAAAUAUAGCAAAAUGUAUUAAUUUUGGAGACUUUAGGUUAGAAUAUCGAUUGUCUACUAUGAUACCCUUUAGUACAAAAGAUUAUCCUUUUGGAUUUGCAGUGAAAUUGAACAUAUGA